UUGACGUAAAUAAAUAAAUGACGUUUAAAAAUGAAAUCGUCAAAGAAAAUAUUAUUGUUGAUAAUUUAGGUUUUCCUUUGAUGAAAUUAACUGCAGCAUUUAUGAGUUGUGUUCAUAGCGUAACUAAAGGUUUUGUGCUAGUAUUUCAAACUAUUUGGUGCUUAACAUAUCGAUAAAAUGAUAAAGUUUUGGAAGAGCGCUGCUAAAGGAAAAUCAGGAUUUCCUGUACGCCCACCUGAAAAUCAUUCCAUUACCAAUAAGACGGUCUCUCUAGAAACCAUACAUGAAAAUGAAGAUCUGAUGGACCUUUUCAACAAGAAAUCUCAUCUAUCACUUAAUCUUAGUGAUAUAAUAAAUAACAAGAAUUCUGUUAAAUAUUUUAUACAGUUCAUGCAAUCAAUUGACAAAAUUAUGAUUAUUAAAAGCUGGAUGGAACUUGAAAAUUUCAGAGUAUCUGUUUCAAAAAGUAAAAGAUCUGAUAUGAAAAAAAGUCAAUUGAUUAGCCGGACACAAAGCUCAUUUAACCUCGACUGCAAUUCUCAGAAAAGAUGUGCUGAGGGGAAUUCUCCAUCAUUGUUCUUCAAGAAAAUUGGAAGUGAAUCAAUCAUUACUAAAAGUAUAAGCAAAAGUGAUGGUUCAUCCAGUUCAUGUCAAAAUCUAUCGGAACAUGCCACCACAUCUGAAGAAUACAGUGAUGAACAUAGUAUUACUGAAGAAGCUGUCAGCUUGUUCAAGAAGUAUAUUGCUUUAGAAGCAUCAAAUUCAUUAGAUCUUCCAGAUAAUGUGCGAAAAGUUGUAAUAUCUAACAUUUGUAAUCCACAAGGACAUAUAAAUGAAGACUGCUUUAAGCCAGUAAUAGACCUUCUGUUUCAACAAAUGGAAACCAAUUUCUUCAACGAUUUCCAAAAAAGUCCCUGGUAUACCAAGGCACAGAUAGAUAUAUUAACCAGUGGAGUCUUGAAUCUCAAUGAUAUAUUGCACAAUGAAGCUAUUUUAUUUUACUUCACUGAAUACUUGGAGCAAGAAAGUUGUUGUCUACUGUUAGAGUUUCUAAUGGCAGUCAUGCAUUACAGAGAUAACUUGUCAAUGGACAAUAGCAAUCCGCAGCAGGCCCAGGAAGAUGCUAUUAUCAUUUACGAGAAGUAUUUCUCUCUUCAAGCUCUCAGUCCAGUUGGCUUCACUACAGAUAUUAGAUUAAAUAUUGAGAGUGAGAUAUGUAGAGAUGGAGGUCCAGUGUAUACUUGUUUUGAUGUCCCAUAUCACAUUGUGUUUAAAACACUGUCACAUUAUGUUAAGUCUUUUCAGGAUUCUGAAGUGUACUAUAAGUAUCUUUCAGAAAUGAUCAAUUCAGUAGAUCACGCCUGGUCCCACCGUAGAUCACAAUCGGAUUGUAGCAGUGAAUUCAGUAUGAGCACACAGAAUACUCUGCUGGCCAUGGGAGACCCCGUCUUCCACCGCAAGAAGCGGAACCACUCAGUACCUGACAUGACAAUAGAUUCCAAUCAGCUUUAUAAUGCAGACUCUUUGUGGCAACGAAAAAAGAGCGAUGGAUUGAGUUUAGGUAGAAUAAAUAGCUUAGGCCGUUUUGAAUCUAAAUUUGAACCAGAUCCAGAUAAAAAAGAGAGGUCCACAUUAAAGAAAAUGGUGAGCAGAUUCGUUCCGACGACCACCAGCAAAGUGGAUGAAGAAAUGGCUUGGCAGAUCGCUCACAUGAUUGUGAAAGAUGUGACCGACCUCACUAUGGCCCCACCUGAAAAUGAUCGUGAUACUGUAUAGAAUAUAUUAUUUAAGUCUAAUGUGAUAAAUUAAUUAUUGUUAAAAUAUAUUUUGUAACUUAUCUUUAAAUCACUAAAUAAAAUAGUAUUAAACAUUA